AUGGCUGACGAACAACAACAACCUCGCGCCAAGGUCACUGGUGAUUUCCACAACAUCACUGUAGAAGAUCUUUACGAUAAAGAGAAAUAUGAUCUCUCCACUAUGGAACAACAAGAUGUCAUGCAAUUGUUGCAGACUCAACCCGAAGGUUUAACAAGCACUGAAGUCCAAUCUCGUAUAGAGAAGUUUGGUCCCAACAAGCUUGAGCAAAAGGAAGUGAAUCCCUUUAUGCAGUUCUUGGGCUUCAUGUGGAAUCCUCUUUCCUGGGUCAUGGAAGCUGCUGCCAUUGUAGCUAUUGCCCUUUCUAACGGUGAAAACAGACCACCAGAUUACCCUGAUUUCAUUGGUAUCGUUCUCUUGUUGUUUGCUAAUGCUACUAUUGGUUUCUUGGAAGAACGUCAAGCCGGUAAUGCUGUCAAGGCGUUGAUGGCCUCUCUUGCUCCCGAAUGUAAGGUGAGACGUGAUGGUGAAUGGAAGACUCUUGAAGCCUGUGAACUUGUUCCCGGUGAUAUUAUCGGCGUCAAACUUGGUGAUGUUAUUCCCGCUGAUGGUCGUCUGCUCACUGCUCAUGGCGAUGUGUCUAUUGAUCAAGCCGCUCUUACUGGUGAAUCCUUGCCUGUGGGUAAGGAAGCUGGUGAUGAAGUAUUCUCUGGUUCCACAGUCAAGCAAGGUGAAGCUGAAGCUGUCGUUAUUGGUACUGGUACCAACACUUUCUUUGGUCGUGCUGCCAAGUUGGUGGGUGAAGCCGGUGAUGAUGUUGGCCAUUUGCAAACCAUUUUGGCCAAGAUUGGUAACUUCUGUCUCUGUACUAUCUGUCUCUUCUUGAUUGUUGUCAUCAUUGUUCAAUAUGCUCGUUUCCACUACAACUACAGACGUGGUAUUGAUAACAUGCUUGUCUUGCUCAUUGGUGGUAUCCCCAUUGCCAUGCCUACUGUCUUGUCUGUUACUCUUGCUAUUGGUGCCAAGCAGCUCGCUGAACACAUGGCUAUCGUUACCCGUAUCACUGCUAUUGAAGAAAUGGCUGCUGUUACCAUCCUGUGUUCUGAUAAGACGGGCACUCUUACCUUGAACAAGUUGAUUGUCGACAAGCCUACCAUCAAGACCUAUGGUCCUGAAUAUGAUAUUGAAGAUGUCAUUCGUUUCUCUGCCUAUGCCUCUCGUCUUGAAAACCAAGAUGCCAUUGACUUCUGUAUUGUCAACUCUUUGCCUGAUCCCACCAAGGCGCGUGAUGGUAUUACUGAAUUGGACUUCAAGCCCUUCAAUCCUGUCAUCAAGCGUACUGAAAUUACUUACAAGCGUGCUGAUACUGGCAAGGUUUACCGUGUUACCAAGGGUAUGUCUCAUAUGAUUUUGGAUCUCUGUACUCGUGACAAGAACGAAGCUCAAAUCAAGGCCUUGAACGAUGAUGUCGAUGAAUUUGCUCGUCGUGGUCUUCGUGCUCUUGCUGUUGCUAUUGAUGAAGUUCCCUCUGGUGUCGUUGACAGCGAGGGUAUCGGCUUCAAGUUGGUUGGUCUCCUCCCCAUUUAUGAUCCACCAAGAAGUGAUACCAAGGAGACUAUUGAUCGUGCUCAAGCCCUCGGUGUUGGUGUUAAGAUGAUCACUGGUGAUCAACUUGCUAUUGCCAAGGAAACUGGUCGUCGUCUCGGUAUGGGUGAUAACAUGUUCUUGUCCAAGACUUUGAAGGAAGGUCCUCCUGCCGGCUCUGGUUAUACUGAUGUUGAUCAAAUGGUCCUCCAUGCUGAUGGUUUCGCUGGUGUCUAUCCUGAACACAAGUAUGAAAUUGUCGAACGUCUUCAACAUAUGGGUCUUAUGGUUGCCAUGACAGGUGAUGGUGUCAACGAUGCUCCUGCUCUUUCCAAGGCUAAUGUCGGUGUCGCUGUCGCUGAUGCCUCUGAUGCUGCCCGUUCUGCUGCUGAUAUCGUCUUGACCGCCCCUGGUCUCUCCACCAUUGUUGAAGCCAUUAUCGGUUCUCGUCAAAUUUUCCAACGUAUGCGUAACUACUCUAUCUAUACUUGUUCUGUUACCAUCCGUAUUGUCGUCGGUUUCUCCAUUCUUAUCUGGGCUUUCCAAUUCGAUUUCCCUCCCUUCAUGGUUUUGAUUAUCGCCAUGCUUAACGAUGGUACCAUCAUGACCAUUUCCAAGGAUCGUGUCCGUCCUUCUCCUUACCCUGAUUCCUGGAACUUGAGAGAGAUUUUCUCUUACGCCAUUGUGUACGGUCUCUAUCUUACCGCUUCCACUGUCGCUUUCGUCGCUGUUGCUCUCAAGACCACCUUCUUCCACGAUAAGUUUGGUGUCAAGGUCUUUGAUAUCUCCAACGAUUUCCUGCUUCACUCUGUCGUCUAUCUCCAAGUCUCCACCAUCUCCCAAGGUUUGAUUUUCAUUACCCGUUCUCGUGGUUGGUUCUUCACUGAGCGUCCUUCCAUCUUCUUGAUCUGUUCUUUCAUUGUUGCUCAGUUGGUCGCUACUUUCAUUGCUGUCUAUGCUAACUGGGGUUUCACUCAAAUCGAAGGCUGUGGAUGGUCUUGGGCCGGUAUUGCAUGGAUUUGGAACUUUGUCUGGUUCGCUCCCUUGGAUCUCCUUAAGUUUGCCAUGCAACGUGUCUUUGAGCCCAAGAAGGGUGAUCAUGAAGAUGCCAAGCUCGCUGCCUCUCGUCGUGCUUCUGCCAUCUCUGGUACAUCCUCUGCUAGAUACUAUGCUAACCGUACCAAGUCCCUCAGAUCCAUGGAGCGUCCUCAAAACUUUGCUCAAAAGCUCAUGGGCACUUCAAAAUCCAAGAUGGACCCCAAGGAAAUGCGUCGUUUCUCCUCAGUUCAAACUUCUCAUGCUGCUCAAGUUUUGAGUGGCGGCAACAACUAA